UGUAAAUUUAUCAAAAGUCCUUAUUUAACUGUAUUUUGCUAUGCUUUUUGAAAUGUUUUAACGGGUUAUUUUAUUAUUUUGUCCUCCCAGUUGUUUUCAAAUUAAAGUUUCAUUCACCAUGCAUAUAAGACCCGAAAAUUAUGAUACAAACUACAUUCAGGAUGAACAUAAGGAUGAGAGCUCAGAAUAUGACUUCACAGUAGUGGAUAUGUAUUUGCUGUUAGAAAGUUUGGAGAGCUUCUUAUCAAUAAUGCCGACCAUAUUGGGUUUCAUCCUAUCUUGGAUACUUUGCAAGCAUAUGCCAACCCUGUCCACCAGACGAUUUCUGAUGGAAUUUAUUAUCAUUGGAUUACCAACUGUGAUUUUUGCCACCGUGGGCAGCGAUUAUAGUUAUAUUUAUUGUACUAUAAUAUCCAUAGCAAUUAUGUGUCACCUUUAUAGAACCAGCUGUCCUUCAAAAACCCAUAUAUAUGAGAUUGGCAAACGUCCUCUGGUAUUUUCUCUAAUCAGAGCCACUGCCUACAAUGGAACCAGUGUGGCGAUCCUAGCCGUGGACUUUAGAAGCUUUCCAGAUGAGUUUACCAAGAGUGUAUUUUUCGGAACUUCUGCUAUGGACAUGGGCAUUGGAUUGUUUGUGGUGAUCAUGGGGUUGGUCUCUCGUCGUGCCAGGAAUUUUUCGGAUCUAAGAAUGCUGCCCCAAUCAGUAGUUCCUUUGAUGAUCCUGGGAGUGGCCCGCAACUUAUUUUUUUAUCUCAGUGGAAACGUACAAGAAGAAUCUGAGUAUGGCCGUGAUUUAAAUGCUUUCUUUAUUCUGGGAUUCACCAAACUGCUGGGCAGUGUAUAUAGCUUACUAGCUAAGUCGGAUAAACAGCUGCUGGGACUUUCUUUAGGAUUGCUUUCCCUCCAUGAACUAGUACUCCAGUUGGGUAUUUCCGAUUUGGUAAUGGAGUAUGAGGAAAAGAGAUUGGGAUUUAUCAGUGCCAAUCGGGAAGGUUUGAGUUCCCUUAAUGGCUGUGCAGCGCUCUAUAUGCUGAGUAUGUGCUUCGCCAAGUGGUAUAUUACCAACGAUCACUUAAGUUAUAGCCAGCUAUGCAGCAAGUUGAAAAAUAUGCUAAGAAUUUCUCUUAUCAGCUGGGUAAUAGCUCUACUAACUAUUCCUUUAUGGGACAUUUGCCGUGUAACAUUCAAUUUUGGCUACGUUAUCUGGGUGUUCGCUAUUAGCGUGAGCCUAGUACUUAUUUAUGCUUUUGUUUUUGAAUUGCUUCUUUCAAAAUCAACUGCUAAAAAGAGCUUUCUGCUUUUGGAGCUUAGAAAAGAUACUGAUGAAAAACUGGAAACCUUACCAACUUAUGUCAAGAGCCUCAAUAUGAAUGGACUAACCCACUUUAUAGUGUCCAACUUACUAACUGGUUUGGUCAAAUUUUUCCUAAAUCCCGCCAAAAGAAAUGGUGUAGAAUGUGUUUUAAUAGUGUCUGCAUAUAUGUUUAUUAACGCCUUAGUGGUCUUCACAAUGCUUAAGUAUCAAAUUCGGAUGUCCAAAUUGGUCAAAUCCUAAUAUGUUCUAAAAUAAAUAUGAUUCCUCGAUUUCUAGGGAUUUUAUUAGGUAUCUGGAAAAUA